AUUUACCAUUUCGCAAAUAGAACAUCAUUAAAGGAUAGCUACUCCUCCACACGAUAACCCGACCGAUCACGACGAUUUAACCCCCCCCUCCAAAAUCUUAUACGGAGUUCAUAUAAGGACGUCUCUAGCGUGGCAUCGUAGUCAUGAACCGAACAGGAGCCGUGCCACAAACCCUUCGAGGGAUGCCGACUGGUUUCGGAGGUCAGCAACAACCUCAACAACCAGGUAGAACAGUGUCUAAUAGGUUACCAAACGGGAAAUUAGCGAAUAACGGAGCCGGAUGGGCGUUUGGUGGUGUUCCUAUGGGUGGUGCAGGCCUGCAAACGUCGUCAAGGCAACUAGGAGGAAACCUCAGUUUUGCUCAGAGUUUAAGCGGAUCACAACCGGCAACGCCUUUGGACCUCUCCGAAUUUCCGUCACUUUCGAACAACUCCCAACUACAAAGCGCAGGUGCUAGUUCUUUAUGGUCGACAGGAGCAACAAGAGGCAUGAGCGGAACAAUACAGAGGAACCAACAGCCUACUCCACUAUCCGCUCAACAUACUCAGCAGGACGAUUUCUUCUCACCUUCAAGGAUGAGUUCCAGCCAAGGCCAGUAUCGAUUUGGGAGCCAGAAUAGCGUGGCUCAGACAUCGCAACCUCAACCUAAUAGCAUCGAUGAGUUUCCGCCUCUGAAUAAUAGCAAUAUCAGAAACGGCAAUGGAGAUAUUGGCCAAGAGCGUGGAUCGAAUUUAAUGUCGACCCUCGGAUUUGGCGCCCAAGGUAGCGCCGCCCCCGGUUCCCUCCAGGGUCCUCGAUCAGGCAAUGGCUUACUUAACGCAUUGUCUGCCAACAACCGAACAACAGAUGUUCGUUCGCCGGAUGGAUCCGCCGCUGCAGGCCCUUCACGACCACAAGAUAUUCGAGGCGCUGGAACUGGCAACAACGAUGAGGCUCGCCAAAAACCUCCUGGUUUCCAGGACAACUUAGUUUCUCAGUCAUCUGCGCAAGAGACGGCAACUUCGAAUCCACUUGGUGCUAUUGGUGCUAUAGGCAGCAACGAUGCUUCCUCUAACAAGAACGGUGAUCAGAAAGACGAUCAAUCCCCGUCCGCACAUGAUCCUUUAGCAGGCAUGGCACCCAUUGAUAAGUGGGGGAUUAAGGGCCUUCGUACCCUCAUGAACAACUAUCCCGACUACAAUGCAGCUGUUACAGGCUUAGACCCGACAACACUAGGCAUAGAUUUUACAUCGCCCCAGCUACUGUCUACGCAAAUAUAUUCACUUUUCAACGAUUCCAUUCCCCGACCCGCAAUUCCCGACUUCAGACUUCCAGAGUGCUAUAACGUGAAUAACGUACAGCCUCUAGAAAAUAAGAUUAGCAAUUUUAACGAGGAAACUCUGAUGUGGAUCUUCUACAGCUGUCCUGGAGAUGUCAAGCAGCAUCUUGCUGCCCAUGAACUCUACAACCGUGCCUGGCGAUGGCAUAAGAAACUGAAGAUCUGGUUGACUAAAGACGAACUAAUGCAACCCCGAAUUCUCAGUACCCAGCAUGAAGAGGGCUACUACAUCAUCUGGAACACGACGGAUUGGCGAAAAGAGCGACGUACUCUCACACUUCAUUAUGCGGAUUUGGAGACGAGCAAUGCUGCUCUACCAUAAAGGGGAGAUCCACGAGGGAAGGUGAUUGUCUGUGAUAUUGAGCAGUAUGCGAGGCGCAACGAGCCUACAAACAGGGUGGCGUUGGUUUUCACGGAAUGCACAACCCAGGGGACAUGGUUGAUUGCGGGCAACAUAUGGCUUUCUUGUUUGGUAGUCACGGGCGCAGCAAAUGCCCAAGUCGGCACACAGGCUUUGAUUUAUCAAUACGGGAUUUUCAAAUCCA